AUGAAAAAUCAUAAAAACCGACCUAUUGGUACUAUCCCAGUCCCUGAAGUGAAUGACACAAAUUUUCACCAUUCUAGGCGUGAAAGAGGUCGUGGCCCCAGUCGUGGUCAUGGUCAUGGUCGAGGAAGAAAUUUUAAUCAUGAUUCUCGUCUUGCACCAAAUAAUACCCUUCACCACCAGCAGUGUAAAAAGAAGGAUGAAAAGCAUGAAGCUGUACAAAAGAAAGAUUUAGAAAAUAAAUGCUACCGAUGUGGAGGAAAGGGGCACUGGUCACAUACUUGUCGUACACCAAAGCAUCUAGUUGAGGUUUAUCAAGCCUCCCUCAUAAAGGCAGAAAAGAAUACCGAAACAAAUUUUAUUUCUGAAGAUAAUAUUGAGCCCAUGCAUCUAGAUGUGGCAGAUUUCUUUGGACACCCUGAAGGAAAAAUAGAUCAUCUGAUCGAUGAUGGAUCUGUAAUAAUUUAG